UGAAAACUGUUUGAACCCUUUCGCAGGGGUGUGUAGACCAGGGUGACGGGAGCUGAGGGGCUCCGGAGCCGCCAAGUUUGUUUCUGCUGUGGAAUACUGGGACUACGCCGUGUGAAAAGCUGGGAGAGGGAUAAGUAAUUUGCUCUUCCGGGCGAGAGGUCAGCCGGCUCGCUGGGCAGAGAUGGAGCGGGAGAGACUCGAAGUCCCUCCGCGAGAUGCCCACGAUCUCCCCUUGUCUAUCCUCGAGGUGGGCUGCUCCGGGAAGUUUGAACUGGUCACGCAGCCGGCGGAAAAGGGCACAAUCCUCCCGCUGGCAACGCUUCCACAUGGCCUGCCGCCCUUCGCUGUGGACCUCCUCACCGAGGCAGAGAUGUGCUUCCUGUCCGACCCCGAGAAGCUCCUCAUCCACCACUUUGAGAACUCCCAGAAAAUAUGGCCCAGAGAGAAAUGUGUGGAAGCCUUGUACCGUGUGGACGUUACCCCUGCUCAGUCGACCCUGCAGGUGGAGCGGAAACCAACCACAGGAGAGUUGCUUGGGUACCGGGAGGUGUUCCUAAAUGAUUCCGGGCUCUCAGCCAAGAACUCGCUGUCUCUGCAGAGACCCCCAGGACCCCUGGCUGAGUCUGUACGAGGCAGCUCAACCAAUUACCCCUUCUGGCCAGGGGGCAUGGAUGAGCCAAGCCUGGAUUUGAUUCAAACGGAGGAUGGCCUCGACGAAGAUAUCGACUUUGAGAACAAUCUACUGACGGUGCCGCCUGGCUGGAAGAAGGGUCUGGACUUCAAGCAAGCGGGGCCGAAGGCUGUCCCCGGCCUCCUGAGCCUCACAGAGCUCAUGGAAGUGAUGGACCUUUACCAGCUCGGGUGUUCCGGCGAGGAGGAGGAGGAGAGGAACCGGCAAAGUGCAGAGGGGAAGCGGCCCCUGGCUCGAACCAACAGCCUGGAGGAGCUAGUGCUGCAGAAGGUGAGCACGUCUCCUCCGGCCGCGGGCAGCAAGAAGGAAGAGGAGGUGGUGCUGCAGAAGGAGCAGUGGGCAGUGCCGGUUGACGUCAGCGCGCCCGUGGACGACUUCUACAAACGUAUCCCGGAGCCGGCCUUCAAGUGGCCGUUCGAGCCCGAUGUCUUCCAGAAGCAAGCCAUCCUCCGCCUCGAGUCCCGUGACUCUGUCUUUGUGGCCGCCCACACCUCCGCUGGCAAGACCGUGGUCGCUGAGUACGCCAUUGCCCUCUCCCAGAAGCACAUGACUAGGACCAUAUACACAUCCCCAAUCAAGGCCUUGUCCAAUCAGAAGUUCAGGGACUUCAAGAACACCUUCAAAGACGUUGGGCUGCUGACGGGAGAUGUGCAGUUACAUCCCGAAGCCUCCUGCCUCAUCAUGACCACAGAGAUCCUCAGGUCCAUGCUGUACAACGGCUCUGAUUUGAUCCGGGACCUGGAGUGGGUCAUCUUCGAUGAGGUUCACUAUGUCAACGAUGUCGAGAGAGGCGUGGUGUGGGAGGAGGUUCUGAUUAUGCUUCCAGACCACGUGAAUCUCAUCCUGCUCAGCGCUACCGUGCCCAACACUCUGGAGUUUGCCGACUGGAUUGGGAGGAUAAAGCAGAAGAAGAUCUACGUGAUCAGCACCACCAAGCGCCCCGUCCCACUGGAGCACUACCUUUACACGGGCAACAGCCAGAAGACCCAGAACGAGAUCUUCCUGCUGGUGGAUGCACAGGGGAACUUCCUCACCAAGGGGUACUACGCUGCCGUGGACGCCAAGAAGGAACGGGCCAGCAAGCACUCUCAGACCUUCGGAGCGAAGCAGCCAACCCACUAUGGCGGCCCCAGCCAAGACAAGAGUGUUUGGCUGUCCCUGAUCGACGUCCUGCGGAAAAAGGACAACCUGCCCGUGGUGGCCUUCACCUUCUCCCGCAACCGGUGCGACGAGAACGCCAACAUGCUGACCACCGUUGACCUGACCAGCACUGUUGAGAAGAGUGAGAUCCAUGUCUUCUUCCAGAAGUGCAUCUCUCGGCUGAAGGGCACCGACCGUGAGCUGCCCCAGGUGCUGCAGAUGGUGCAGCUGCUGAAACGAGGUAUCGGUGUCCAUCACAGUGGCAUCCUGCCCAUCCUGAAGGAAGUGAUUGAGAUGCUGUUCGCCCGAGGCCUGGUCAAGAUCCUGUUUGCCACGGAGACCUUCGCCAUGGGGGUGAACAUGCCGGCCAGGACCGUGGUCUUCGACAGCAUCCGCAAACACGACGGCACCAACUUCCGCGAUCUGAUGCCAGGAGAAUACAUCCAGAUGGCGGGCAGAGCGGGGAGACGAGGGCUGGACACCACGGGGAUGGUGAUCAUCCUCUGCAAGAGCGGGGUUCAUGAAAUGGCCGACCUCCACAGGAUGAUGCUGGGGAAGCCGACCCUGCUGCAGUCGCAGUUCCGUCUGACCUACACCAUGAUCCUCAACCUGCUGCGGGUGGAGGCGCUCCGCGUCGAGGACGUGAUGAAACGCAGCUUCUCUGAGUUCCACACCCGCAAGGAUGCCAAGAUAUACGAGCAGCAGAUCCAAGACCUGACCAAGAAGCUGGCCAACUUGGACGUGGAGUGUGUUGGGCAGCUGAGUGACCUUGAGCACUACUACAUCACCGUACGGGAGCUCCUGUACACGCGGGCCUCUCUGCAGAAGAAAGUGAUGGAAUCGACGAGUGGGGUGAAGGCUUUGUCUGCAGGGCGAGUGGUGGUGGUUAAAACUCAGCAGCACAGGAAUGCUCUGGGAGUGAUCCUGCAGGUUUCCGGUGACUCGGGCAACCGGUCGUUCACCACCCUGGUGCUGUGCGAUUCACGAGGAGGCCAGGAGGAGAGGGGAGGGGGUGUGGAUUCCUCGGCAGCUCCCACCCCUGAUCAGCUGCUCGCCAACAAGCUCUUCCUGCCCGAGGGACCCUGUGGCCACACGGUGGUGAAGCUGUCACCCACAGAUAUCAGCAGCAUCACAGCAAAGACACUGCGGAUCAAUGCGGACAAAAUCAUCGACGACUUCAAAAAGAGACAGGUACCCCGCUUCCGGAACGAUCCGCCUGGACCGUCGGUCACCACGGCAACGCAGGAGCUACUGCGCCUGGCCGAGGGCAGCCCAGGCGGUAUUGCCAGUCUGGACCCGGUCAGCGACCUGCAGCUAAAGGACCUGGACCUGGUGGAGGGCUACAGCAGAGCGCGCCAGCUGGAGGGCUCCCUCGGCACUUUCACCUGUGUCCACAGCCCCAAGUUCACCACCGAGUACGUACGGAUGCAACAGCGGAUGGUGAUGAAGGAGGAGCUGGAGCGACUGCGGUUCCUUUUGUCCGACCAGAGCCUGGUCUUACUGCCUGAGUACCAGCAGCGCGUGGAGGUGCUGAAGAGGCUCAGGUACAUUGACAGUAGUUGUGCAGUGCAGUUGAAGGGCCGAGUGGCCUGUGAAAUCAGUAACCACGAGCUGAUCGUCACGGAGAUGGUCCUGGAGAAUGUGCUGACGGAGCUGCAGCCUGAGGAGAUCGUCUCACUGCUCUCCUGCCUUGUCUUCCAGCAGAAAACACAAGUGGAACCUGAACUCAGCGAGACCUUGCAAAGGGGCGUGGAGCGGAUCCGGGGCGUGGCGGAGCGGAUUGCUGUGUUGCAGCGUGAGUGUGGCCUCAGAGAGUCGGUGGAGGAUUUUGUUGACCAGUUCAAAUUCGGCCUGGUGGAGGUGGUGUACGAGUGGGCACGGGGUCUGCCUUUCGCUGAGAUCACAACGCUGACCGACGUACAGGAGGGGAUCAUCGUGCGCUGCAUCCAGCGGCUUAACGAGACAUGCCGUGACGUGCGCAAUGCGGCCCGCAUCAUCGGUGACCCCACGCUGCACGCCAAGAUGGAGCAAGCGUCCAAUCUGAUCAAGAGGGACAUUGUGUUUGCCGCCAGCCUCUACACCCAGUGACCAGGGGAAGGAGGGGACGGUGUAAAUAAACAGCCUGACGACAGUGUGUGUCUCUUCGUCACCACCACUUCUCCACGCGUCCCAGACAACGGGUAGAGCGAGGAACCUGUGACGGGUCACUGAAAGUGGCAAGAGCUUCACAGUGAGGGGCGAAGUGGUCACAGAGACGGGAAAGGGGUUAUCAGUCCCUGAGGUAACCUGCCAACAGCCGAAACAUGGGGCUUCACAAAAUAUGACACAAUGCCCCUCCUCACCACUUCCACCUCCUCCGUUCUGCCCUUGCCCCUUUCCUCU